AUGUACCAAGCUCAAUUGUCAGCCAUGAAGAGAGAUUAUCAGCUGAGAGAGACUACUGUAGAAAUAUCAACUAUGGGUCUAGGGAGUGUCAACCCAUACUUUGGUUUUGCUGCGUUUGGUGGUGAUGCUGCAGAUGCCGAUUUUGGUGGUGGUGGUGAUACUGAAUUUGAUGCUCCAUGCUCAGACUCCGAUCGACUUUACAGAAAUAUUACUGGUUAUUGUAAUAAUAUAAGACGACCAACACAGGGCGAAGAAAAUCCAAGAGAACAACAGAAUCUGUUAACAGCUUUUAUUGAUGGUUCCAGUGUAUAUGGUAGUGAUGUAGAGACAGAAGAAAGAUUAAGGGGUAGAAAUGAAAUUCGAUUGCAUAAUACUAUUGUGCAAAAAUUGGAUGACAAUACGGAUUGGGAUGGUGAGCGACUAUAUCAAGAAACUAGAAAAAUCGUUGGCGCUAUUUUACAGAGGAUUACUUACCUCGAAUUCCUGCCAGAAAUAUUCAAUAAAAGAACUUUACGAAAAUAUAAUUUGAAAGACGGAAACUAUAAAUAUAAUAUCAACAUUGAUCCCAGUAUAGCCAAUGUUUUUGCCACGGCAGCUUUCAGAUUUGGUCAUUCUUUGAUUCCGGAUUUCUUAGUCAUAGAUGGCGAGAAGGUCCGCUCUCGAAAAUUGUUCAACAACCCUAAAUUUAUAUUUGAAAAGCUGAAAGCUUUGGUUAAGAGUGUCUUAUAUAAUCCAAGUGAAACGGUGGAUCGUUUCCUAACAAAAGAAAUUACAGAUCAUUUGUUUGAAGUUGAUGAUCUGUCUUUUGAUUUAGCUGCAUUUAAUAUACAAAGAGGAAGGGAUCAUGGGUUACCUCCUUAUAACACCUUUAGAAGGCUCUGUGGGUUAAAUCCAGUUGUGACAUUCUACUCCAAGCAGUUAGGGUCAGGGGGGGGGGCUGCUAUGGCUAGAAUAUACAGGACUGUAGAUGACAUUGAUGUAUUUGCAGGAGGUUUAGCUGAACCACCACUCCGGGGUUCUCAACUAGGUCCAACCUUCACUUGUAUUUUGGCUCAACAAUUCAGAGAUCUUAAAUUUGGCGAUAGUUUCUGGCAUGAAACCAAGGAUCGUAAACGAGGAUUUAAAUCAGAUCAGCUUGAAUCACUAAAACGAAUAUCUCUGGCUAAAAUUAUUUGUGAAGAAAUUGGGUUAGAUAGAAUACAGAGGAAUCCAUUCCGUGUUGUAACAAACGGGUGA